AUGGUGAGAGGCGUUCAGCUCCAAAAACAGAAUCCGGAGAUCAGUGAGACAAUAUGCAUUUGGAUCGAUGGGAGGGUCCUGUCCAAAAUCCACUCUCCUCUCCUUCUGCACCCCUCAUCUCUUUUAUUCUGUCCCUCUGACCUCUCUCCGUUCUGCCUGACUGACCCUCCUGAUUUAAUGACCUCGCACAGACGGGACACUCAGAUGGAACGGGUUAAUUACCGAGGCCGAAAGGAGAAGCUGGUCAGAAUUCGUAAUCCUUGGGGUCAGGUGGAAUGGACGGGGGCCUGGAGUGACAACUCUUCUGAAUGGAAUGCCGUCGAUCCGUCUGAACACACCUUCUGGAUGAAUCCUCAGUUUAAGAUCAAACUGGAGGAGGAAGAUGAUGAUCCUGAUGAUAAUGAAGUGGGCUGCAGUGUGGUGAUUGGCUUGAUUCAGAAGAACCGGCGUAAGUUGAGGAAGUCUGGAGAGGACAUGCACACCAUUGGCUAUGCCAUCUACGAGGUGCCUCCUCAGGAGACUGUAACAUGUCAUCUUAAUCAUUUGUCUUCCAUAGACACCUUCUGGAUGAAUCCUCAGUUUAAGAUCAAACUGGAGGAGGAAGAUGAUGAUCCUGAUGAUAAUGAAGUGGGCUGCAGUGUGGUGAUUGGCUUGAUUCAGAAGAACCGGCGUAAGUUGAGGAAGUCUGGAGAGGACAUGCACACCAUUGGCUAUGCCAUCUACGAGGUGCCUCCUCAGUUCCAUGGGCAAAAGGACGUUCAUCUGGAUAAGAACUAUUUCCUGACCCACGCUCAGAAAGCUCGAUCUGAGACCUUUAUCAACCUUAGAGAAGUCAGCACCCGCUUCAAACUUCCUCCUGGAGAAUAUCUCAUCGUCCCUUCCACAUUCGAACCGCACAUGAAUGGAGACUUCUGUGUGCGUGUGUUCUCUGAGAAACAGUCUGAGAUGCAACAAUGUGAUGACCCUGUAGAGGCAAACAUAGAAGAUGAGACUGUGUCCGAAGAUGAGGUUGAUGCUGGCUUUAGGGGACUGUUUACUAAACUUGCAGGAGAUGACAUGGAGAUCUCUGCCACUGAACUGAGAACAAUUUUCAACAAAAUAGUCGCAAAAAGAACAGAUAUUAAGACAGAUGGUUUCAGUUUGGAAACUUGUAGGGUCAUGGUGAACCUCAUGGAUGAAAGUGGCAAUGGUAAACUAGGGUUAGCUGAGUUUGCCACUCUUUGGAAGAAAAUUCAAAAGUAUCUGGUCAUUUAUAAGAAGAAUGACAUGGAUGGGUCUGGCUGUAUGAGUACUCCAGAGAUGCGAAUGGCUUUAAAGGAAACCGGAUUCUCUCUGAAUGACUGCAUUCAUCAGAAUCUGGCUGCACGCUAUGGAGAUGCAGACAUGAAGAUCGACUUUGAUAACUUUGUGUCCUGUGUGAUGCGCCUGGAGAUGAUGUUCAAAGUGUUCAAAAGGAUUGACGUAGACAACAGUGGGUUCAUUGAGUUGGACUUCUUCCAGUGGCUGACGAUUGCUAUGAUUUAAAGGCCCAGAGGAUAAUUAUGAAAAGUAUUUUUAUUGUGCUAGUUAACUUACACCGAAGACCAUCAUAUACCAAAAUGCUUAAUUAGUAUAGUGGAGCUCCUGGAAUUUGUAAAUGUGUCCAUUGUACUUUGCUACAGAGAUACAAGCAUAGUUGCCUGUUGUUUUAUUCGUAAUGCACUUUCCUCUACAGUGCUUGCAAGGCAUCAUUGUUUUGAUUUUUUUGCUGCUCCAAAUUGUGUGGCUUGUUGAUGGCAAUUGUGCAAUUAUUUUAAAUGAUCGGACUUAUGAUUUGCACCUGGUCAUAUAGACUUAAAGAGCAAUCAAAGUUAUACAUCCACCUUUUAAUUCCCGUUUGAGCGGGCACAGCCAUUUGUAAAUUCUAUGGGUCUAGCUUCCGGUCUCAUCCAAACUUUUUUGUCAGUUAUCUAUUUGUUGUUGUUUUAUUUGGUGAACUUAAUACUUUUUUUUUAAUGAAAUUUAAUAUUCAAGCCUAAAACCAAGUUUACUUUUCUUUGCUGCAUUGCAAGCACUGGUAUUUUUGUGUAAAUUCAAAUCUAGUUUGUAUUGUGGACCAUUUGAAAUUUAUAAAUGCGUAAAAUGUACAGCCUUGUUGCUGUAGAGAAACAAAUAAAAUCCUUUAUUAUUUGUAACAUUA